CACUCUGGUUAACUACCUUUAAAUGUUAAGAGUUAUCUUGCGUUUUGUUUUGAUCCGUGUUGUCACGUACCAUGGCGACAAAGCACUAUUUAACGGCAGAUUUCUUUACUGAAACCGCACCGAAAUACCGAGAUCCGCCGACAGCAUACAAUAUGAAGUCCACGGUCGCAAUUGCGUUCACGAUUCUACUCGUGUGUUGCCUUCAAAUUAAAGAAUGUACAACGGCUCCUAAUGCAACAUCCUCUGCUACAACAGGAAACGACACAAUAGCCACAACUCCAAAAACGACUAGCCUAGACAACGGUUCGGCUCGAACAUCAACCGCACCGCUGACAUUCAUUGCCAUCACUGGAGUCGUUGCUGCAAGAUUAUUUGCAAAGUAGUGGCAGCACGUCAUGAUGUAUUGUGUGUCGCUUUUUAGUUAGGUUUCAUAUAAGCGAUCUACUAAAAUGAGACUGCAAAUACAUGCAUUGACAGUGUGUGCAUUCGAUGUUAAGAUAUAUCUCUUAAAUGGAUCCGACACAUACAGUAUCAUUUGACAUGGUAUGACAAAAGCGAACGUUUUUUGAGUGUUGAAUGUGUGCAUGGGUCUGAUGUAUUUAUUUGAAUGUAAAUAAACCCGAAUGUACCAUGUUUUGUGUGCCUUUGUUCAAUCAGAAUUUUGUUAAUAUUUUGUUAAUAAAAGUAACAAUAACAA